CGGCGAAGAAAAGCGGAAGCGCUGUUGUCUGAGAUGUUGCUGUGGAGAUGUGAAGUGAACUCUCAAACGUCAGGCAAGGCUUGAAAUGUCUCCAUCACUGACUGCUGUUUAGGGCCCAGGGUUUCAUCAUGCUUCAAGCAGAAGCCCUCCAGCUGCUUUGCCUUACAGCCUCCAGUGGAGUUCCACUGUUCUCACGAGGCUCUUCCAAGCAGCUCCCCUUUUCCAUCAUUGGCUCCUUAAACGGUGUCCAUAUGUUUGGUGCUGGACAUGGAGCUCAGCUGUCGAGCUGCGUGACCGAGCGUGGCAGUCGUGUGGUCUGGAGGGUCUUCCAGGAGAGCCUGAUGCUCAUUGCUGUGAGUGGUGGUGGGGGCUCUGCUAUCAGUGAGCUGCAGCUGCGGCGCCUGCUGGAGAAUGUGUGGAACUGCAUGGUGAUGGUCCUGGGACAGGACGAGCUGGCAAACAUACGCAAUGUGGAGCGGUUGAAACGGGAGGUGCGGUCUUGCUACCGUUUGAUUGACAUGCUCUUGGAGCGCGUAAACGAUGACCAGGGGAUGAUGGGACAUUUGACGCAAUGUGCCGAUUGCAUGCCACUCUCAAAUUCUGGCAUGGUUCAAGAGACCCUGGACUCUUUCACCCAGGCAGCGGAUAGUGAAUUCGGCUGCCUAGUGGUGCACGGCCGUGUGGCCCUGGCCACGGAAAAAUGGUGGUCUCGAUUGGCUCCACAAGAAGUUGUUGUGCUUUUAGCUCUGGUGCAAUCGCUCUCUGGCACAUCCUCUUGUGAUUAUCCCGUCUUCCUGCCCCAGGGCAGUCCUACAGUCGCCAUUCGUUUACUGUGUUUCCAGCUGCUUCCUGGGGUUCAGAUAUGUGUUCUCUGUGGCCCCAAACCCUCUCUGUACCAGGCGGGGAAAGAGCUUCUGAGUCGUUUUUGGUCCCCUCUGCUGGAGACUCUCCGCAACUGUCUGGAGCAAACUGACCGCUCCAUCCUCCCUCCAUCUGUCAACCUUCGAUGGGACGUCCAGGCUCUUCUGCUCAUCAACCGCGAAUCUCGGCGCGCAAUAACCGUGUGCCCACGUGUUCGAGGCGGUGCUUCAGCAAACGCUGCACCGCUCCUCUCAUCAGCCCGCCGUUUGGAGCUCCUUAGUCACUUCUAUACAUUUGCUGUGACCCGAUAUUUUACCUUGGAGGAUGUCUCGCCAGCCUCACCUGCUUCUGAGCCCGUCCCUGAGGAUUUCUCUCAGGGUUUUACCCAUGUUCCUGUGCAGUGCUAUCUCGUCACUGAUGAGUGCAAGUGUUAUGGCCUGCAGAGUCCUCAGCACCAGCUCUACCUCCUCACGGAUCUUUCCGUACCCACGUUUGCCUUGCGCUCUGUGGCUACACAGACUCUCUCAGCUAUUACUGUUGCAACAGGUUUUUAGGGCAUUGGUUUUAGUCUUGUAUUUGUUUUGACCAUGUAAUAGUUAAAAGCAAAACAACAUUAUUACGCGUGAGUGCUUUCUUAAAGAGAUAGUUGACCCAAAAAGAAAUAAUUCUGUCAUCUGUCAUUUAUUUACCCUCAUGUUGUUGAAAACCUGUACAUUUUUAAAAAGUCUUUUUUGGUGGUUUUGUCUCCAUACAGUGGAAGUCAUCGUUCUUCAAAAUAUUUUCUUUUUGUGUUCUGAGGAAGCAAAAAGUCAUACAGGUUUGGAAUGACAUGAGAUGUUUAUUUGAGUGAACUGUCCCUUGAAGAUCUGGAACAGCAGUGCAGUCAGGAUUUCAACAUGUGAUCCUGAAAGUGAAGCCAAUAUGAUGCAAGUUCGAAUUGCACUUGUGUUUUCAGUUUGAGUCUACUUUAUAUUACUGUAGGGUAUGUGUAGCAAUCACACUGAUAUCAAAUUUAUUUAUCAAACCUUAUUGUUGCAUUGAAUAUUGUUGAAUGUAUUGUUGAUUUUUAAAAGAAACGACUGAUGAUAUUUACGAUGACACUGGUGAUCUUGAAUACCUGUUAAAUUAGCUUUUGAGCAUAAAUUGUUGUUUGAAAUUAAUCUUUGGAGGGUUGUCUUACCUUUCAACAGUAAAAUUAUUUUUAACAAGACAACCUGUGUUCAAAUUGUUUUUAAAUCUUUUUUAAUGUCCAGUUAAUUUUGUAUAAACUCCGCCCCCUGCUAGCCACCUAGAACAGAGUUCAGACCAGCCGAGUCCUUUUCAUAUCAUUUUUACAUUUUUAUAACACCGUUGUGUAAACAUAAUGAGAAAAAUGCCUGUUGAUGGCUCUAACUCUGGAAAAAAAAUAAUUUUCAGAUUCAAUUUUAUUUCAGAGAAGACAUUAAUCUUAUCUCCAAAACGGCAUAAAGGAUAAGAAAUCGGGUAAUGUCAUCAUGGGCUUCACAAGUAGCCAUGUAAAUGUAAUGUAAACAAAUAAUUAGACACUGACUCAUUGUACACUUUUAUUUGAGGGCUGUGCUGUUAUUUAUCUUUUAACCCUCUAUUAAAGAUAAAAUAUGACUUUCAUACUUUUUCUUUUGUUUGGUGAUUGGGAAUCAAAAAAUGAUUGAGGGAAAAGCAUUUUAAUAUGAAAAGUAUCUGAAAUGUGAUCAUGCGUAAUUAAAUUUUGUAACUUUUAACAAUCAACUGAAAUUGUGCCUGAAAGUGCAAUAUUAUGCACUGGCAGAUGACUCAAUGAGUAAAUAAUAAAACAUUAACAUUAUAACUAACUGAAUUGUUCUCCUUUUUUUUGUCACAUGUUUCCAACUGUGCUUUCAACAGUGCUUGACC